UUCGCAUUGCCUAGUUUUCUCCUCUCUCUCUCUCUCUCUCUUAUCGGCUCAUCAUCUGGCGCGGUCGAAACCCUAGAUUUCAUCUCUCAAUCCAAUUCGCGAAUCGGCGAAGCAGCUCUGCUCGAUUCCCCAUCGUCGCAAAUCGCGCCCGGACGCCGUCGAAGAGCAGCGACGCCGCCGCCGAUCGGAGGCUCUCGGAUCUCGCCGCCUCGCGUGGCUCGUGCCAAGGGAAUCGAGGCCCUAUCCGUGCGCGUGAAGAUCUUCGAUUUCUCGAUCGUGGCCGGAAGGAGGGGGGCUUUGGCGGAUUCAGCGGGGAUCUAUGGAGUAUUGAUCGGAUCGGGCUGAGAUUCGGAGGAAGCUGGGGCGCUUGAUAAAUCGCCCCCGAUCGUCGUAGCGGAGAUCGGAGUUUCGAUGUCUGUCGAGCUCGAGGCCGGAUUCUCGAGGAUUGGCGCGCAGGAGAAGCUGUAGGAGCACCCGAUUGGUUCGGUCUUUGUUUGUUUCCCCUUGAAGAGGAGAGAGGAGGAAGAAAAAUCAUUGAGUGUUGUUCGAAUUCUGUACUGUCGUUUGAAUCUAUAGUUGAAUUAUUUGGCCCUGCUUUUUUGGAGGCCUUUUAUCAUCGUUCUUGCGGGGCGAUUUUUCGUUCUUGUGCAUAUUUUGAUUCAUUCAGAAGGAAGGAAAGAACAAAAAAGAUACUUCUAUGGCGGUGUAUUAUAAAUUUAAGAGUGCAAGAGAUUUCGAUUCAAUUCCUAUGGACGGUCCAUUUAUAUCCGUUGGUGUUUUGAAAGAAAAAAUUUUCGAAUCAAAGCACUUGGGCAGGGGCACUGAUUUCGACCUUGUGGUAACUAACGCUCAAACUAAUGAAGAGUAUCAAGAUGAAGCUAUGUUGAUUCCAAAAAAUACAUCUGUAUUAAUUCGUCGGGUUCCUGGACGGCCUCGAAUGCCCAUUGUCACUGAACAAGAGCCAAAAGUGGAAUAUAAUGCAGAGGAUGUUCAGGCUCAGAACAGUAGCUUUAUAGGUGCUGAUUCAUCUGCUGUAAAAAGUCAUCUGGAAGAUUCUGAAUGGGAUGAGUUUGGAAAUGAUCUGUAUGCAAUUCCUGAAGUGCUUCCAGUCCAAUCUAGCAAUCCGAUUCCAGAAAUUACACCAACAAACAGAGCUGACGAAGAGAACAAGAUUAAGGCCUUGAUAAAUACUCCAGCCCUAGACUGGCAGCGUCAAGGUGCCGAUGGUUUUGGCCCUGGAAGAGGUUUUGGAAGGGGAAUGGGUGGACGAAUGGGUGGACGUGGUUUUGGUUUGGAGCGUAAAACACCUCCACAGGGCUACGUGUGCCAUCGAUGCAAUGUUCCUGGUCACUAUAUUCAGCACUGCCCUACAAAUGGCGAUCCAAAUUAUGACAUCAAAAGAGUUAAGCCACCAACUGGCAUCCCUAAGUCAAUGUUGAUGGCGAACCCAGAUGGCUCGUAUGCGUUACCGAGUGGGGCUGUUGCUAUUCUGAAGCCAAACGAGGCUGCAUUUGAGAAAGAAAUCGAGGGAUUACCAUCCACACGUUCUAUUGGUGAUCUCCCACCUGAACUUCACUGUCCAUUGUGCAAGGAAGUGAUGAAGGAUGCUGUAUUGACGAGCAAAUGUUGCUUUAAGAGCUUUUGCGAUAAAUGUAUUAGGGAUUACAUAAUUUCAAGGUCAAUGUGUGUUUGUGGAGCCUCUAACAUAUUAGCGGACGAUCUUUUACCAAAUAAGACUCUCCGUGAUACAAUAAACCGUAUUAUGGAGUCUGGUAACAGUAGUGCUGAGAAUGCUGGAAGCACUUUUCAGGUUCAAGACAUGGAGUCCGCUCGAGAUCCCCAGCCUAAAAUGCCAUCGCCUACCAUGUCUUCAGCAUCGAAGGGAGAGCAGAAUCAGCCACAGAUUGAAGUAUCUCCAAAGAUGGACAACACACAGCAGGUUCAAACUGUUACUGCUCCCCAGGAAACCUCAGAGAGAGCAAAGGCUGUCAAAGUAGCUGAUAUAUCUGAAGCUACUCAUGAUUCAUUUAGCGUGAGGGAGCCUCCUUCACAGAGUAGUGCUCCUCAAGCUGAGGAAGAGGUGCAGCAGAAGGUGGCCUCUAGUGAAGCAGGGAAAAAGAAAAAGAAGAAGAAAGUUCGCAUGCCUGCCAAUGUUGCAGACAUGCAGUGGAGAACUGCCCAAGACAUGGCUGCUGAAAACUACAUGAUGUCUCUGAAUGCUUCUACUUAUCCCCCAUAUUGGAAUGGGAUGCAGCCUGGAAUGGAUGCAUUCAUGGCCCCUUAUGGUGGUGGGAUGCCGUAUAUGGGAUAUGGAAUGGGGCCUUUAGACAUGCCAUUUGCAGGAGUCAUGCCUCAGGAUCCUUUUGGUGCGCCUGGCUACAUGAUGCCUGUUGUGCCACCACACAGGGAUCUCGCUUUUGGUGUUGGUAUGAAUGCUCCCCCUCCUAUCAUGAGCAGGGAAGAGUUUGAGGCUCGAAAAGCUGACUUAAGGAGGAAACGUGAGAACGAGAGGCGAGGAGAAAGCCGGGAGAUGUCCAGAGACAGGGAAUAUAGUAGAGCCAUGAGCAGUAGUGCUGGCGAUGUUUCUUCGAUGAAAUCGAGACCUAAAGCAUCCAUUCACCCGCAGACAUCGGCUGCUGAGCAUCACCAUCGCCGACGUCGAUCUUCAUCUGAACGGUCCCCCGAUGACAUUGGAGCACCGCCACCGCCACCACCACGUCCAGCCAAGAGAAAGUCUUCGGAGCACCACAGAGACCGUGACUUUGAACAUGACCAUACCCAGGACUCCCAGGACCAUCGCUACCACCAGCGCUCCUCCAAGAGACCCUCCUCAGAGGCCAACACCACAACCAAGCCCACACCAUCAUCCUCAAUUUCAACAGCUGCAGCAGCAGCGGCGGCGGCGGCGGCGGCGGCGGCGGCAGCCGCAGACCGGAAACAAAAAGCAAGUGUCUUCUCUCGCAUCAGCUUCCCUGAGUUAGAACUCUCCAAGAAGAGAAAACUCUCAUCAUCGUCUGAGCCUCCAACGGCUCAUCACAAGGUCUCUUCUUCCUCUAAUGGGUAUUAUGAUGAUCAGAGGUCAUCUUCCACUGUAAAGGCCACUUCUGUUUCUACUGCUGGAGCGAGGAAGAGCAGCAGUACUGUGGACUAUGAGUCGAGUGAUGACGAGAGGCACUUUAAGAGGAAGCCUUCGAGGUACGAGCCCUCGCCUCCUCCGCCGCCGAUGGCUGAGAGGGAGGACGAGGGUCGGCACUCCCGGGGGUCAAGAGAUAGAGACCACCACCGCAGUGGAAGAAGUUGACUUCAGGGCGACAUGGAAUCCAUCUGUGGCAGAGGCGGCGUGGGUUGGUUCUUUGCAGGGGUUGAGGGAGAGACACAACCAGUGCAGUGGAAAAUGUUGAUCUUCAAGCGAGCGAGAGCGCGGAAAUGCUCCAAAUUGGGAGAUGUUGCGGCUAUGUUAUAUUGACAACAGUUUUGUGGAUUGAAUCCUGUUUCAAUGCCCAAUUCGUGUUUUGAUGAGCUUGUGGAUAUUUGAUAUGUAUUUCUUAAUUCUCGAUUCUAUAACAAUAAGAAUCGUGACAAAUUGUACUCUUCCGAGUUCUCCAUAUUCCGUUGUCAAAUUUAUGGAUAAGGGUUGCUUCUCGUUCUCACAA